AAUGGGAUGAAAGGACAAAAAUGCCCAGGAUCUCUCUCACACACCGGGGGGUGAGGGGUGGGGGAGUGAGUGGAUGAGAAUUGAGCAUAUUGGAGAAUGGGGGUUUGGUGUUAAGCGGUGGGGGUUGGGGUGAAUGGUUGGAAGGAAAGUGGUGAGCCAAAGAGACGAGAGUUAAAAACUUAAAAACCUCCAUGAUAUCCGUCUCCUUUCUUCAUCAUCAUCAUCAUCAUCUUCUUCAUCUUCAUCAUCUUCAGGUGGUGCCUUUGACUUGGAGUUGGAGUCGGAGGACAUCAUGUACGACUAUUAUAACUAGACGCUCGUACGCUAAUUACCCUAAACCCAAACCCCCAUCUGCAUCUCCAUCUGCUUCGCCAUCUGCUUAUUCUCCCCAAUUACCCAAAUUUUUGCGAUUAUGCUCUCUCCCUCCCUCUGAUUCUGACCCCAAUUUCAGUUAUGACUACGACUAUGAUUAUGGUAAUGAUCAGAUCGAUGAUGAAGGUGAUGAUGCCAGUACCAUAUUAUUAACAUCCACCUCAACAACUACCAUCGAGGCUGAGUCUGAGGAUGAGGCUGAUGACAGUAGUGAGAGUGAUGAUAUUACUGAUGAUACAACAACAAGUACAACAAGUACAACAAGUAAUAGUAAUAGUAACGAGGGUGGCGUAACAAUCGAGACAAAGAAGCUGCCAAACAACACCCGCAGAAUCGUGUCUUCCGUGGGAAUCCACGCCCCUCUCGGCGCCGUUUGGGAAGUCUUGACUGACUACGAGCGUCUCUCCGAUUUCAUUCCCGGCCUCGCCCUCAGCCGCUUGCUUGACAGAUCCCCCGGCUAUGCUCGCCUCUUUCAGGUUGGGGAGCAAAACUUGGGUCUUGGACUCAAAUUCAAUGCCAAGGGAACCCUGGAUUGCUACGAGAAACAACUCCAACUCCAAACCAUUCCCUCUUCCUCCUAUGCCUCUGCUGGUGCUCUAAUGAAGACUCAGAAGCGCGAAAUCCAUUUCCAGAUGGUCCAAGGAGACUUUGACAUCUUUCGAGGAAAAUGGUCUAUUCAACAAGUUGAGGUUGAGAGAAAAGGAGAAAAAGGAGGAGAAAUAGGAGGCGAAACAAAGCCGACAAGAAGCAGGAGGAGUAGUACGAGACUUUGGUACAUGGUGGAUGUAAAGCCAAAGCUGUGGUUGCCAGUGGGGCUUGUGGAAGGUAGACUCUGCAACGAGAUCACGACGAACCUCUCUUGCAUUCGUCAAGAGGCACUCAAACAUCUCAACUAAAACUCUUCUUCAGCUUCCUUUUUAUCAUCGAAACUUCCAUUCAUGUUUAUAUUUAUACAUGAGUGACUCUGUUACAGACAGACUUUGGUCUAAUUUUUUAACACGUUGACGCAUGAUCCAUCGUUGAUAAUCUAUUCCCAACAAUGUGUUCCGGUACAAUAACCUCAACUUUUAAAUCAUAUCAAUCAUACAAUCACACGGCA